AUGGCAGCCAUCCCAGCCCCGGCGGACAGCCCCGUCGUCACAGAACCAUCUCCCCUCUCACUGGCGCCCCCGCCUCCACCUACCCCUGCCACCGGCGGCUCGGGCCGCGGGAGGAACAAGGAUGGGAAAGAGAAGGAGUCGUUUGCCUGUACUUUUCCCGGAUGUGGUCAGUCGUACAGCCGUAUGGAGUAUCUCAAAAGGCAUCAGAGGAAACACCAAGACGACAGACCAUUCCAGUGCAAAGACUGUUCCAAAGCAUUCGCCCGAAGUGAUGUACUCCUCCGCCACCGCCGCCGAUGCCACCCCACCCCACCCCCAGUCGACCGCGACACCUCCCCUCCCCCCUCCAACCGGAUCUACAACAACAUGCCCGUUUCAUCCUCCCGCACCGACGCCCGCGAACAAUCCCCCCCUCGCGCCCGGGGCCGCAAACACGCCCGCCAAAGUGACGCUGCCGACGACCAGCGCGACCGUUCGCGCCCCCGGAUCGAUCCUGCUCUGCAACACGAGCAUGAGCCCGAGUAUGCUGCCGAGCACGGCGCGAAUGGGGAGCAUGAUGAGCGGUAUGAAGAGGAGAGGGGGUAUGAUGGGAAUGUGUAUGGGCAGUAUUAUGGGCAGACGAACCAGGAUGACCAUCCGAAUUAUUCGUCUCACCUCAUGCCGAUGUUUGCGCAGAAUCAGGCGUAUCACAGUCUCAACGACCCGAAUCAUCUUGAAGAUGCGUCUGUGCUGCUCAGUAUGGCUUACCCGAGUGGGGUACCAGGCGGCGAGGGACAGCAAGAGCAGGAGCAGAGGGAUCUCCCGGACUGGGCGAGUAAUCCGACAAUCAACUUGAUCAUGGAGACUGCUGUGGCCAGCGCCAACGGCGAGCAUGAUGCUCUGCCCAAAGAUACGAACGGUGACGGCCAAGAGGGGGCAGACGCAUCUGCCGAGAAAGAGAACGGCACUACGCAAGCCGAACCGACAGCCGCGCAAGUCAUCUCCAACCUCGCCGAAGCCGCCGCCGCUCCCCAACCCAUCCCCAACGGUACUUCCAACGACAACCCCGCCGUGAACGGUGAUUCAACGGAAGGCGGGAUCAGUUCAGAAGUCAUCGAUCCGACUCUGCAAGACGGGACCCCGGGGUCCGAGGGUUUUCUCAACGCGAUGAGCUGGUUGUCGGGACUGGACAACCAGGGAGUGUUAAAUUUGAACAAGAGCUCUACUUUGGGGACCUCGACUUUGAAAAUGGGCUUCACGCCUGAGGAGAAUUCAUUUCUCAUGACGUCCCUCUUUUCGCCCUCUGCUCUCAACGCUUCUCUUGGUGGGAACAGUAACGAUGGUUCUACGGAACAAGCAUCCACCCCGCACAUCCUCUACAUCCUCGAACAACUCGCCAAAUACGAAGUCCCCCAAACCAUCGCCAACCCCAACCCCGAACGUCCUCUUCUCCGGCUGGACCACGCUGCCAUGGCGCUCCGAGCAGGCGAAGCAUUCGAUCAAGACUCGCGUUUCUACCUCCCAGCCGAACGCUUUGCUGGUUGCUACCAAAUUCCGCACUGGGCCCUACCACCGCUCAAGACGUUGUCUGUGAUGGCGUGCCGGACGUUUCAUACGGUGCUGAACCAUUUCUCCUUUGUCCAUUUACCGACCUUCAAACUCGUCGACACCGCCGCCUGCCUCGCAUUCGCAAUCUGCACAGUCGGCGGUAUUAAAACCGGCAACGCCUCCCUAUCCGACCGUUUCCUCUGGCGUUCGCCCGAAGGGAACGGCCGACCAUCAUCAGUAGGUGCAGGAGCCUUGGAUGGGCCGGUUGUGCCGGAUCAGAGCUGGGAGAGUUUGUACGAGGAUAAUUGGUAUAGAUGUACGGAGCCGGCUAGGGCGGCGGAAGUGAAGAAUGUGGCGAAUUGGGCGAAUGGGCCGGUUGUGAGGAGUGAAAAGACGAAUAUGCUUGUCAAAUCGUUUUCCCUGGCGAAAGGGGUGUUGAUGACAGAGUAUAAUGUGGCGUUGUUGCAGGCGUUGAUCUUGUAUCACGCGCCGAAUUUUUUGAGUGAGAAUGAGAGAGAGAGGGUGCCGGCUAAUAUGUUCCUUGGAACCAUCGUCAACAUUACCCGCCAAAUCGGCUUCUUCACCACCGAAAACGACCACGUCACCCCCUCCAUCUCCCUCCCCUCCGAGCCCUUCACCCCACACGAACUCGACCGCGCCUGGCACGACUGGAUCCAACUCGAAACCCGACGGCGCACCGCCUUCCUCGUCUACCAACUCGACACCAUCUCGUCCUUCGAAUCCAACAUUCCCUGCAUCCUAUCCGGCUGCGAGGUGGCGUAUCUGCCAUUGCCCGCGCCGGACAGUUUGUGGAAAGCGCCGAAUGCGCAGAGUUGGUUGAAGGGGGUGAAAAACUAUAGGCCGAUGACGUUGGACGAGGCGAUGAGGAGGACUUUUUUUUUGCCGACGUAUGGGGCGUUUGAUGCGUUGCACGAAAAGGCGGAUACGCAGUUUUACAAUCUGCUCAACCAGAGCGAUUACGGCCCUUUUGCGCGGAUGGCUAUGGUCAUCACCUUGCUCAGAGGUAUCAUCGAUAUUGGAGAAGGCAAGCGCGAUAGAGGGGAUUGGCGGGAUUUGACGGAUCUCUGGGUGGGGUGUUCGUGGUUGAAGCCGGGAAAACAGAUUAUCGCGCAAGAUGGCACGGAUCUGGGGAUCAUUACGCGGGAGAGUCUGAAAGAGAGGUUUAGGCUGGGCCUGCAAAAGUGGAGGGAGGGGUGGGACUUUGAUAGUCUUUGUUCGAGUCCGACGAGGGCUGCUACAAGGCAUUAUAAGAGGCCUGGGGCGGCAAGCGCGGGGAUGAGUCCGGAGAGUGAUUCGACGUCGCCGAGGGAGGAUGAACAGAGUAUCCCGAAGGAAACCUUGAAUUACUGUGAAGACGCUCUCCCGCUCUACUGGCUCGCCUCAGGCCUCCUCGGCGCCAUCAUCAGCAACACCACCCACAAACCCGGGCAAAACAUGUUCUCCGGCUUCAACUAUGGCGACAUGCUCAAGUCUGCGCGCACGUUUACGAGGACAGGCGAGGGGGUGCCGGUCAAGUUACGAAACAUGUCGGCGAGCCAUGCGCGGAAUGAGAGGCAUCCGAGUGCUGGUCCGCCAGUGUACGGGGAUGCGUCAAGGAAUCCGAAUAUGCCGACGCCGACGUCGGCGUCGUCUUCAGCUUCGUCUGGCCCACCUUCAAACCCACCUGCUUCCCUCGACCCAUCGACGCAUUCUUCACACUCCACCAUACCCACAUCAGUCUCUCCACCAGACCAGGCUGGGAACGAUAUCAUGAACCAAGAACUCUCGUCGCUGGCGGAGGGUAUGAGCGAUGGGACGUUUGCUGGGAUUAUGCAGGCGUUGACGGCGGGCUCGGGGGAUUUGAGUAUGCAGAUGGGGUUGAUCAAUGAGCAGGGGGAAGGGGAAGGUGUCAGGGAGGGAGCUGGGGCUGGGGCAGAGGGUGGGAAUGAGGGGAAUGGCGGAGGGGAGGAGAGUUUGCAGGGGUUGUCGGAUCAGGAUAUUGCAAAGCAGCUGGGGUUUAUGAUUUAG